CUGAAACAUUUGGCAGAGCAAUCAUAUACUUCAAAGUUCAAACAGAACAGAGGCAAAUGGAUUCCCUGCUUCCAAUCUCAACAGCAGUACAUGCAGAUUCAGAGAAGCAAAAUGCUUCUUUAGAAAUUCAACAACAAAAGGAUAAUGUUGAUGCAGGCGCUCUCUUUGUCCUCAAAUCAAAAGGGUCAUGGGUGCAUUCUGCUUACCACUUAACAACAUCAAUUGUGGCUCCACCUCUAUUGAGUCUUCCUUAUGCAUUCACCUUUCUUGGAUGGACGGCUGGGAUCUUGUGCUUAGUUAUUGGAGCUCUUGUCACCUUCUACUCCUACAAUUUAAUAUCUCUUGUUCUUGAGCACCAUGCUAAGUUGGGUAAUCGUCAGCUCCGAUACAGAGACAUGGCUCAUGAUAUUCUAGGUCCAAGAUGGGGUCGUUAUGUUGUGGGGCCGAUUCAGUACACAGUCUGCUAUGGUGUUGUAGUGGCGUCUACUCUUUUAGGAGGACAAUGCAUGAAGGCAAUUUACAUUUUAGCAAAUCCAAAUGGGACCAUGAAGCUUUACGAGUUUGUAACAAUAUUUGGAUUUUUCAUGUUGAUUUUGGCUCAAGUCCCAUCUUUCCACUCAUUGAGGCACAUCAAUCUUGUGUCUUUGGUUCUGUGCUUGGCCUACAGUGCUUGUGUUACUGUUGGUUCCGUAUAUAUUGGAGGAGACUCGUCAAAAGUACCAACAAAAGAUUAUUCUUUGAAAGGUGAUGCUGAGAGUCGCUUAUUUGGAAUCUUUAAUGCUGUUGCCAUCAUUGCCACAACAUACGGAAAUGGAAUAAUUCCAGAAAUUCAGGCUACAUUAGCACCACCAGUAAAAGGGAAGAUGUUCAAGGGACUAAGUGUUUGUUACACUAUACUUACAAUCACUUUCUUCAGCGUAGCUAUAUCUGGUUAUUGGGCAUUUGGCAAUGAAUCUGAAGGCCUAAUCCUAAGCAACUUUGUAGACAAUGGGAAGCCUCUAGUGUCCAAGUGGUUCAUUUACAUGACCAACAUUUUCACUAUAACACAAUUAUCAACAGUUGGCGCGGUAUACUUGCAACCUAUAAAUGAAGUGCUGGAGCAAACAUUUGGUGACCCGAAAAGCCGUGAGUUCUCGUCCCGCAAUGUAAUCCCUAGAGUGAUUUCGCGGUCCACUGCUGUUGUUGUUGCAACUACUAUAGCAGCCAUGCUGCCAUUUUUCGGGGACAUAAAUUCGCUUAUUGGAGCUUUUGGAUUUAUGCCACUUGACUUCAUUUUGCCAGUGGUUUUCUACAAUUUGACUUUUAAGCCAUCGAAGAGAAGCCCCAUUUUCUGGUUGAAUGUAACUAUUGUUGUGGUUUUCUCUGCAUUAGGAGGUAUUGCAGCAGUAGCAGCAGUUAGACAGAUAGUACUUGAUGCCAAAAGCUAUCGAUUAUUUGCUAAUGUAUGAUCACUUGAGCCAUUCUGUGAAGUUUGGCUGUGUUCUGUUUCAACAAUUCAUAUAUAUAGAAUCAUAAACCACCAUUAAUUUCUUAA